AUGACAGUAGUUGAAUCAAGCUGUAUCGAAACGUAACGUAACGUAACCACCCACCACCAUAUUGAAAAAUAAAUUAGUUUAUCGAUGAUGAAUUGAUGAUGAGCAAGUGUCAUUAGUGUUUUUGAGUGAUAAAAGUUUAAUGUAUCUUAAAAAAAAUGGCUGGGAAUUUCGGAAUGCAGCAGUUAAUCCCUAUUGUAAACAAAUUGCAAGAUGCAUUUGUGCAAAUGGGCGUGCACAUGUCUUUAGAUCUCCCCCAAAUUGCAGUUGUGGGUGGUCAGUCUGCAGGAAAGAGUUCGGUGUUAGAAAACUUUGUAGGCAGGGAUUUCCUUCCACGAGGCUCCGGCAUAGUAACUCGACGUCCAUUGAUUCUGCAGCUUAUACAUGGAAAUGCAGAAUAUGCGGAGUUCCUGCAUUGCAAAGGCAAGAAGUUCGUCGACUUCAACGAAGUGCGUGCAGAGAUUGAAGCCGAGACAGAUCGUAUUACUGGCUCCAACAAAGGCAUAUCGCCCGUGCCUAUCAAUCUACGAGUAUAUUCGCCAAAUGUGCUCAACUUGACCUUGAUUGAUUUGCCGGGUCUCACGAAGGUACCUAUCGGGGACCAGCCCGUGGAUAUCGAACAACAGAUCAAGGGCAUGAUCUUCCAGUUCAUACGCCGUGAAUCCUGCCUCAUCCUUGCCGUCACGCCAGCCAACACUGACUUGGCUAACAGCGAUGCCUUGAAACUUGCGAAGGAAGUCGACCCUCAAGGUCUUCGCACAAUUGGUGUGAUUACGAAGUUGGACUUGAUGGACGAAGGCACGGACGCGCGCGAUGUCCUCGAGAACAAGCUGUUGCCGCUGCGGCGCGGGUACAUCGGUGUCGUCAACCGCUCACAGAAGGACAUUGAUGGCCGCAAGGACAUCGCCGCCGCCUUGGCCGCUGAGCGAAAGUUCUUCCUUAGCCACCCAUCAUACCGGCACAUGGCGGACCGGCUCGGCACUCCGUACCUCCAGCGCGUGCUCAACCAGCAGCUGACCAACCACAUCCGCGACACGCUGCCCGGCCUCCGAGAUAAGCUUCAGAAACAACUGCUCGCCCUCGAAAAGGAUGUCGACCAGUACAAACACUUUAGACCCGACGAUCCUUCUAUCAAGACUAAGGCUAUGUUGCAAAUGAUCCAAACUUUGCAAACGGACUUUGAACGCACAAUCGAAGGAUCUGGCUCGGCGCAGAUCAAUACUAACGAAUUGUCUGGAGGUGCGAAAAUCAAUCGGUUGUUCCACGAACGAUUCCCAUUCGAAAUCGUUAAGAUGGAGUUUGACGAGAAGGAGCUGCGGAGGGAGAUCGCCUUCGCUAUCAGAAACAUCCACGGUAUUAGGGUGGGUUUGUUCACACCGGACAUGGCGUUUGAGGCUAUCGUAAAGAAACAGAUCGCUCGGCUAAAGGAGCCCAGUCUCAAGUGCGUCGACCUCGUCGUGUCUGAACUGUCCAACGUCGUCCGUAUCUGUACUGAAAGGAUGUCUCGUUACCCCCGGUUGCGUGAAGAGACCGAACGUAUCAUCAUGUCUUAUGUUCGAUCCCGCGAACAAAUGUGCAAGGAUCAACUAGUUCUACUCAUUGACUGUGAACUUGCUUACAUGAACACCAACCACGAGGACUUCAUAGGAUUUGCCAAUGCUCAAAAUCAAUCUGAGAACUCAGCUAAAUCUGGACACCGUGCUUUAGGAAACCAGGUUAUCAGGAAAGGAUACAUGUGCAUACAUAACUUGGGAAUUAUGAAAGGUGGGUCUAAGGACUACUGGUUCGUAUUGACUGCCGAGAGCAUCUCGUGGUUCAAAGACGAGGAGGAGCGUGAAAAGAAGUACAUGCUACCGCUGGACGGACUCAAGCUGCGGGAUCUGGAGCAAGGGUUCAUGUCCCGGCGGCACAUGUUCGCGCUCUUCAACCCCGAAGGCAGGAACGUUUACAAGGAUUACAAGCAGCUCGAGUUGUCCUGUGAGACACAAGACGACGUGGACUCGUGGAAGGCGUCUUUCCUCCGCGCCGGAGUCUACCCAGAGAAAACAUCUGAAGCCGCCAACGGUGACGAGUUAUUUCUGCCUUCCCUGGGGUUGGGUGGAAAUAAAAGAAGAAACUCGGAUACUUCAGGCACAAGUAGCAUGGACCCUCAGCUGGAGCGGCAGGUGGAGACCAUCAGGAACCUGGUGGACUCGUACAUGCGCAUCGUGACGAAGACGACGCGCGACCUCGUGCCCAAGACCAUCAUGAUGAUGAUCAUCAACAAUGCCAAAGACUUUAUUAACGGAGAGCUGCUAGCUCACCUUUACGCUUCUGGUGAUCAGUCUCAAAUGAUGGAAGAGUCUCCCGAGGAGGCCCUGAAGCGCGAGGAGAUGCUGCGCAUGUACCACGCGUGCAAGGAGGCGCUGCGGAUCAUCGGCGACGUGUCCAUGGCCACGGUGAGCACGCCCGUGCCGCCGCCCGUCAAGAACGACUGGCUCGAGAGCCGCCUCGACUCCAACCCGCGCCUGUCGCCGCCCUCGCCCGGCGGCCCGCGCCGCGCCGCGCCCGCGCAGCAGGGCUCGCUGGGCAGCCGUGGCGCGCCCCCUCCCGGCGGCGGGGCCGGGCGGCCCGCUCCGCCACUGCCGUCGCGGCCGGGCGGCGGCGCGCCGGCCCCGCCGUCGGGCCGCCCCGCGCCGCAGCCCGGCUUGCCCGCACCGCUCGUGCCCACGAGGCCGGGAGGAGCGGCGGCGGGCGCGGCGGGCGUGGUGGGGCAGCUGCCGCCGCACAUGCGCCAGCAGAUCAACCAGGCCGUGGGCCAGGCCGUCACCAACCACGCCAUCAACGAACUCAGCUCCGCCUUCGCCAGAUUCAACCGUCCGAUGCCGAACAUGCCGCCGAAGUUACCCGAGCGACCGCAGAACGGGCGGCCAUUUUAAGCGCCUCAUCUUCGCCGCCAUUUUGUGAUACUGCGUAAUCGUCACUGUAAAUAUGUUCCCUACUAUGUACCUAUAUUGCUUACAAUUUAUUUAAUGCUUAGCAUUGACUAAUGACUAUAAGUCGAUGAAAUUGUAUACACUAGAAUUUAAAAUGAGUUAGUUCAAUUUAUAAUUUAAAAUAUGAGCCCAUAAAGGAAGGAGUACUUGCUGUAUGUUACUGUUUCGCUUUAAGAUGAAAGGUUUUGUACAAGAAAGUGAUACCAGUGACAACUAUUACAAAAUUAAUUUUGCCUUGAGCUUAAGCGCGUAGUCAUACGAAAACCACCAACCGAAUAAUUUUGCUAAUUUUAAAUUCGUUAACCUUGAGUCAUUUAUCGACAAAAAUUGUAAGAAUGUUUGUGUCUGUGCUUUUACAAAACAAUUGCCACCAACAGCACAAGCACGCGAUAUUUAGAUUUACUAUAAGUAUGUCACAUAAUCUUGUUACUAUGACAAUAUUUACUUAUUUAUUGAAAUUAACUGUUAUGUAUUCAAAUUAAUUACGAGGUUCUAGUAUCUGGUUCGAUGUUCGUAUACAUCAUAAGCCCACGCGGCGGAAACAUGUGUGUAGCAAGCUGUCGGAUCUUCGACUGAUAUUAUAUAGGAUAAUGGCACGUUUGUGAUAGAAGAGGCUUCGAAAAUAAGGUUUCGCCUUCAAGUAGGGAUGUACUAUUUCACAUUAAUCGUGUUAUUGUGGCAUUUAGUAUUAAAGCCUGGUACGUGAGCAGUGAGGCGUUAAUGGCAUCGAUAUUAAACGAGAUUCUUAUGUGUACUGAGCUACAGACUAACGCAGAGGCUUUUUAAAGCUGACUAACCCGAAUUGUCAAGUUUGUACGUGCCGUAUGACUAGUCAAGCUUUAUAUUUUACUAUAUUAAAAUAUAAAUUACUGGUACUAUUCGAUCCGAGUUAUGUUAACCGCUUUAGGGAAUUACUUUAGUUUUGAUACAUUCCUUUAGCCUCAUGGUCCCGCGCCAGGUUAUUACAUGUAUAUAGAUGUAAAAAUAUUAUUAUAGACCUGUUUAUACUUGUGUACUGUUGUAUACAACUGUAAUAAAUGUGUAAAUAAAAAUG